ACUUUGGUCUGCUGGUCGUCGUCGUCAUGCUGCUGCACCACGUCCUGGAAUAAUUCUGGGCACAUGGCCCAUGGCCCGAAGGCGAGGCGAAAGCUGAGUCAGAGCACCGCUAUUGUGUGCAACCGGGACAAAAACGCUGCCUGAGCUGUUGCUAUCUUGCCAUCCGCCCCUCGAUCCUCCUAGUCCAGAAGACCACCACAGUCGGUUUGAACGAACGUCAAGAUCUGCACGUAACAACUGACCAUUGCCCUGGACCCGAUCUAUGGUGGCCUCUUAUCUGCCGGUUUGUAUCUUAACAUGGAACUCAAGGGGCCUGAAUACAUUCGAAUUCAAGCGCCGGACUUCGCACACCCUUUAACCCUUUAUUGGCAGUACGGGUGGCAUUUGUUGCCAUUCUGUUCACAGGCUCGACGGAACAUUGCACGCAAUUCUGCAACUGGUAACGCGUCUUCGUGGAAGGAUUGCCGAAAUGGUAGAUGCACGUUCAACCAACAUCAGGACUAGGAACAGAAAAGGAGACGAAACCGACGCCGAGCUUCAUUCAUAACCACCCUUUUCAUUAUCCUCAUCUCUUAUUUCAUUAUCCAAAACUGUCCGUUUUUAAUCUUCUACGAAACAUAUCAUUCCCACCGCAAGGCAACAAUGUCGAACCCCUGGACAGAUCAGCUUGAAAAGCUCCUUCUUUUCACCAUAAUCCCCUUCCCAGACAAUGUCCCAAAGACCAAAUUCGAAGAGGCCGCAGACAAACUUGGUAAUGGAUUGAAUUGGAACGGCUGUCGUCAGAAGUUCUACAAGUUGAAGAGAGAUGCCGAGAAGCUCCUGAGUGGUGAUGGUGGUGGAGCAACUGCCGCAGCCCUCAAGACUCCUGCCAACAAAGGCGAGAAGACCACCCCGCAAAAGAGCACCGGCGGAAGCAAGCGCAAGAAGGCUGAUAGUGGUGACGAAGUUGAAGAGACUCCGACAAAGAAGAAGAAGGCGACUGUCAAGGUGGAAGUCAAGAACGAGCCGGAUGCGAACGAUACCAAGCAACCCAAGGUCGAGGACGUUGAAGAAAACGAAAGUGGCCUUUAAACAUCAGCCAUUCCACUCAUCAGUGCAACCACAUUCUUGAUACACUUUCUCACCGUGGCUACAAUCGUGCUCAUCACUCACUACUUGUUGUGAGGUUCAAAGCGUGCUGGAAACAAUUGGGUGUCACUCACAAGAAGAGCUGUGCUUCAGAAAGGCAUAUCCGAGGACGUUGGAUCACGGAAGGAUCAGAAUUCUCAACCUUGGGAGAAGAGAGAUGAGCUCAAUCGAUCGAGAUUCCACGAUACAAUAGCUCAUCAGAGACCAUACAAUCAUGUGGCUCCGAG